UAUUGAACAGCUUGGACCCGUUCAGGUCAGUUGUCCUUAACGCCCCUCGGUGGAGACCAGCAAUUGGUCAGUCACGUCCAGCCUCCCCCUCCUCACCCUGCCCGGAGGUAAACACCGAUCCAACCGGCUGGAUGUGGACUAUUUACGUUCCUCUGAGGCGGCAGGGAGGACUACAGGCCCGGCUGUGAUCGAUGUUUCUAGUAAAGUCUGCUCCUGAAUGUGUGUGAGGUGAAAGCCUGCCUCUUCCUCCGCCCAUCGAGCAGCAGCAGAGAGAGAGAGAGAGCUCCGUAGAUCAGUGUAUCCUCUAGCUGCUGCUCUCUGAAGGAGGGAAACAAACACACCGACAACACCACGGUAUUAACGGCUGCAGAGGGGGGUCGAAGCUGCAGAAGAGGGUCUGACUGCUCGGUUGUUGUGAAGCUGCUCGCGGUAGCUGGAUCAAUAUGGUGGCUUUGUCAUCGCUAGUGAGACCACUGGUCUCCCAGCUUCACAGAAACCUGGUCCGAACCCUGAAGAGUCCCCGGAGUGUCCCGUACCGGAGCUGUAACCUCACAGCGUGCUCCAGUAAAUAUGUGCUGUCUCAGAUGCAUCCCAUGUGGCAGGGACCCCUUGCAGUACCAGGAGGUGAUCGCCAGUCUCCCAUUGACAUUGUUGUGCGUAAGAGCAUCUUUGAUUCCCAGCUGAAGCCUCUGUCGACCAAUUACGACCCGCAGACCUGCCAACAGAUCUGGAACAAUGGUUACUCCUUCCUGGUGGAGUACGAUGACACUACAGACAAGUCCACACUAAAAGGCGGCCCCCUGCAGGACAAAUUCAGACUGUGCCAGUUCCACUUCCACUGGGGCGAGUGCAACGCCUGGGGGUCAGAGCACACGAUGGACAGGAGGCUGUUCCCUGCAGAGCUCCACUUGGUCCACUGGAACUCGGACAGGUACAGUUUGUUUGAGGAGGCCGUGAUGGAGGAGAACGGACUGGCUGUGAUUGGAGUCUUUCUGAAGAUUGGAAAAAGACACGAAGGGCUCCAGAAACUGGUCGACGCUCUCCCAGCUAUCAGACACAAGGGCAGUGUAGUGGAGUUCACCAGGUUCGACCCUGCCUGUCUGUUGCCCACCAACACUGAGGACUACUUGACGUACCAUGGCUCUCUGACCACGCCUCCUCUGACAGAGUCCGUCACCUGGAUCGUCAUGCAGAAGCACAUAGAAGUCAGCCAUGACCAGCUGGCAGUCUUCCGGAGCCUCCUCUUCACCUCAGCGGAGGAGGAAAUCCAGAAGAGUAUGGUGAACAACUUUCGUGUGCAGCAGCCUCUCUGCGGUCGCACCGUCCGCUCCUCCUUCUCUCCCUUCCUGCAGGAGGCGCCGUCGACCGACGAGGAAAAGCACAGCCACUAGCGCCCGGAUCCGACACACACACAUCCUCUCACAUGGUUCCACCAUGCACAGUAACCAGGCGGUAACUGUACCAAUGCUACUCUUUACUCUGCGGUGAAACGUGCUGUUUGAUUUCUGACCCUGCACUCGGACGGGUCUCGCCUGAACAUAUUUUAAUUUGGAGCAAACAUGGUCAUGUCAUCUCUUUUAUUGAGAGUAGGACUGAAGAUGAAGAGGAGGAAGGAUUUGUCUUUGAGUGAUUAUCCUUAUUCGCAGCUCCUGGAGGAGGCUGGUGUUAGCUGCUCUUAUCGACAGACUUCUAAAAUAAAACCUAUUUUUAGUGUAAAUAUGAUGAUUUCUGUUACUUUAAGUUCGACGUCUGUGGUUUAAAAGUAAACACCAAGUCAAUAAGCUAGGUUAUUGUUUGUAGUAAUGCUGAGCUGACACCAGAGGGUAGAUUCUGUUGAUUCAAGUCAAAUAAACACAGAACAAAUAUCAGAUAUCACAAAGUCAGAGAUCUGUAGAAAGCAAACUGAGACUUUAAUCUCCUGUGGAUUAAACACACUUUAAUACCUCUUUGUAUCCUACAGAAGCACAAACAUAGCCGACCAGAAGUGCCUUUGUUUACAUCGUCCACAGACUCACAGGGAGUGGGACGUUUGAUGGUGUGUGAGAGACAAGAUCCGUACGAAUAAUGGCCAAAUUCCACCAGAUCCGUGUCCGGUCCGUCUCCGAUCCGUCACAGCACCAGAUCUGAUAGGUUUCUUUUCUAGUCAAUGUGUUAACUUCCACUGGAUCCGCUCUGUUGCGUUCCGGCAAAGUCAAACCAAAGUCAUGAUGAGCGGAGCCAGGCCUGGAGUCAACAGGUCAGAGGUUUUCAGAGGACCAGAAAGACAACAUGGAUGAGGAGAGGAGGAGGAGGAGAAUCCUUGAUUCAGUGAUUACUGCAGGAAAACCUCGGUCACAUGACUCCAGCUGUCCAAGAGCACGGAGCAGGACCGGACACAGAUCUGGUGGAAGUCCUCUGUAAGGCGUUCUGAUCUCUGAUUUGUCUAACUAAAGUAGUACACUGUAGCUUUAAAACGUCUUCAUCACAUCCGACCCGACUCCUGCACGUGUGUGCUGUUUGAACCAACAACAAGGAGGCAGUGUGCUCCUAGAUUACAGAGCAGAUUUUAAUCUCACCUGACGAGUCCGUCUCUUAUGUAGUACACAUCACAGAGGGCUGUGAAGCUCUUUUUAAUCCUGUGGAAUCUUUAGUUGUACCUUUUAUACACUGAGCUUUUGUGUUUUAAUUUGUUACAAGGACGUUUACGUGUGAUUUCAGAAAGCUUUUAUCUCACAGUACGACAUUUAAAAGCUCAUCUCAUACAGUUACAGUUUGAAGUUUUAUGGUUAAGGACGAGGAGCAAUCAGAGGAUCAUGAUUGGACUUCAUCGUUUUAAGUAGGAAAGAGUGUGCAAAGUUUGAAUCGUUAUUGUGCCGUGGUUUAGGAUAUUGUGGUGAUUUUAAAACAACGUCAAGGAGAUCCCUGAGAGAGCAGAAUAGACUGCAGACACAGCAGGACCAAAUAGCUAAACUGUCCACGAGCAUCACCUUCCAGCUGCGUCUCAAAGAUAUGUUUUCUUCGCCCUCUGUAGCAUGAUGCAACGUCUCAUUCAGGGGGAGAAAGUUAGCAUGCUCGAAUGCUGCACUUGCCGUGUUAUUCAGCAAACUGUUUGUGCUUCAGCGCUUCAGCUCCAAAAACUUGUGUAGCUAAUCUCUAAGCUAAUCCAGCAUUCCUCUUCAUUUUCAGUCCAAUAACGCCACAAACACUCCAGGUGACGAAUUUGUGUUCUAAGGGCAAACUAAUGCAACCAUACAUCAUCCAAAGACGUUCUUCAGGCUGUCUGCUGAAUCUGACUUUGCUGUGCUGUUAAAAUACAAGAGAGGACAACACAUGGACAAAGAGAUGAAAGCAGAAGAAUGAAACGUUGUGCAUUAAACAAAUGUAACAUGGUUCCUUUUAUUUCCUUUACAGAUGAUGCAUAAAGCCUGGUGUAGACUUCUGUGUUGACCCUACGCAACAGGGGCCGACACGGACGUGAGCACCACAUACUUCUGCGUCACUCUGCAGUACUACGCCGAAACACUAGAGGGCAGUGUGGUCUCUCUGACAGUCAGGCUACGAGCUCUGUUGACUUUUCCACAGAGAUUCAGAGCGUGUCAUAUUAAUCUACAGCUGAUACAUGUUGCUGUCUAUCACACAGACAUGAUUACAUGAAGAAUAGAGAGGAGGAGAUGAAAUGCAGGAAAUACAAUGUGUUGAGCGGACCAAUCACAGGGCUUGCAGUCCAGGUCGAUGCGUAGUUACAUUUUAGUGGGGGUGUUAGUCGGCUACAUUCGUAGGCCUCUGUGUACGUACGGGAGCUACGCAGACCUCCGGCGUAGGCUACGCCGUCAAUAGAACGAAGAAGUAUAAAUCAGGCUUAAAGUCUCUAAAAGUAGUAUGGGAGGUAGAACCUUCAGUUAUCAGGACCCUCUCCUUUGGAAUCAUCUACCAGUCAGGGUCCGGGAGGCAGACACCCUCUCUACUUUUAAGAUUAGGCUUCAAACUUUCCUUUUUGAUAAAGCUUAUAGUUAGAGCUGGAUCAGGCUUGGACCAGCUCUUAGUUAUGCUGCUAUAGGCUUACACUGCCAGGGGGCAUGACAAACUGAGAUCCUGUCUUUCCCCCUCUCUCCUCUGUCUGCCUGUCACUGCGUCGAUUUGUUGUUUCAUACUGUACAUGCGUCGGCCUCUGCGUGGGUACGGGCGCUACGCAGACCCACGGCGUCGGUCCUACACAGACGUAUAAACCAGGCUUUAUGUCAUGUAUGUUUAGUGUAUCAUGUUGAUAUGGGAACAAGGGACCCAUCGUUGCCUUCAUCUUGAGCAGCUGUACUUCAUCAGUGUACAUGAAUCAUGAAACAUGACCUGCCUUAAUGUUUCAUGGCAUUUUUCAUGUGAAGUGUCUUUGCCUUUUAAACCAUAGUGCGUUGGAUGUCAGUCUAUUCCAAUCUGGAUGUUCAGUUCAUCCAGAAUGUGGUCUUUGUGGCAGAGCUGGGGUCUCUCAUAUCUCUCAGAAAUCAAUGAUCUGUCAUGUUUGUGCAUUACAUAUACGUCUAUACGUCUAUACGUCUCUUCAUCCUCUCUGGUAUCACAGUCUGCCUUUCUCUUUCGUGAAUGUGUUACAAAUUAUGUCGUCAUACUGUUUGUUCUUCAUGUUUUACAUUCUCAGCAUAUCUGGAGCUGUGUCGCUCAGCGUGAUGUUUCAGCAGGUGUAUGUUGUCUAUGCAGUCUAUAUUUCAGCUAUUUAUUUUUGCAAUGGGCAGCCAACAUUCCUGCGCUGCGGGGCUCCACUCGGCUUCUCUCCCCCCUCAGCGUGCUUCGCUCCACCUGGAUGGCCCAGCUGUGCACCUGGGAUGCAUUGAACUCCCAGAGAUGUGAGGUGCUCGUGGGGAAUGUUGAAUUCAAUCCAGAAGCAUCCCAUGAAAAAAAUAUACAUGUAAAGAAACUGACAUUUUAAUGGAUGAUUUUCACAAUAAAAUAAUGUGUAACAAAGACGACAA